AUGGAUUCCGCCAAGGAUUCGUAUUUCAAUAAGUAUGUGUUUGAGUACUUUGUGCGGGUACAGCUUUUGUACGACGACGAAUUCCGCACGCGCAAAGUGGCCGAAAUCGAGUCCAUACCGAAGCAGCCCAAAAUAUCCACCAAGAAACUCCAUCUGAACUUUGGAAACCGAGACGAAGUGCUAAAUCGGCAGUUCGUUGACGAACUUAAGGCAUUGCAAGCAUACAAAGAAAUAGCCCUGAACCCUUACACGCGCAAGCUGCUGCACGGAUUUCACAGCAAGUACGCCAAGGAACUCAAACACUGGGAUGUGAACUCCAUCCUCGACAAUUUCGACCACUUCAUAGCAGACACAUUGACCAAAGACCCCGAAGUGUACUAUAUCAGCCGAAUACAGAUGAUCGAUAUGCUGCUUCUGUGCAAAGCGAGUGACGCGCAGCGAUCGAAGCUGCUCACGCGAAGAAGCAAAGUGCUUUCGGAGUCCUUCACAGUGGCCCCCGAUAUCAGAGAUCAGAAAUACCGAGAAGCAAUUAUGAAAGCGUUCCAUGUGACCAACGAACAACUGGAAAACAAAAUCAAAGACCUACGGAUCUCGCUCAACAAGGCUGACGUUGUGCAGUACAUCAACAGCAACGCGUCGCUGGUCCAUCGGUACUCCGCCGAAGACUUUGAGUCCGAAAGCUCGUACCGUAAAUGGCACGACAGAAUUGUGCGUCUCAACCAGGAGUUGACGAAAAAAUUCCAAACGCAGGACACCAAGCCAAACUCCACGGCGUACGUGCCGAACGAUCUGAUCCAGGUGCUCAUGUACUUGAGAGACCUUGUCUACCACUCUUCUCCUGUUUUCUUCGACCAAUUUGUGCGCUGUCUCGAGGUCUGGCAGGUCGACCCAUUUGAUAUGUAUAUACGCAUGGUGGAGGACAUUCCAGAACACAAGCUGGACCUGGAAUAUGCGACGAAAUGCUACGGCCUGGCCAAGCUGUCCAUGAUCGUGCGAUUGGACGUGGACGACUGGCCUUUCCAGAAACACGAGCAACUGCUGCAGAUGAACAGACAGGUGUUUUUUGAGUACAAGUCGUAUUUGAGUGAGUGUUUUCUCAAUUUCUUUGCGGACAAGAAAAGCUUCACACGAGCACUGAAUUUAUCGCAGUAUAUCCUGGUGGACGAGAUAGAGUCGCUUGUUCUUUCUGGGUUGCGGACGGCCCUGUCCACCCGACUGAACAGGCACUUCAAGGAGCUCAAACUCUCAUUGAACAAGUCGAAGAUCGAGUUCAUUGCCAACCUUCUAGCUUAUGUCAACCGCGACUUUGACGAGAUUGAGGAAUGGACACUGACGAACGCCGAUUUGGACGAGAAAAUCGAGUUUAUGAAAAUUGCAAUUGAAUACCUGACACGGCCAAUCGAGGACUAUUUGAAGGCCUUCAUCAUGGGUCUCAAGACGGCCAGCAAGGACGCCGCGGCAAAUCAGGCAAACUCCAAUUUGACAACGCUUCUCGAGCUUCUAUCCAAGCUGCGGAAAAGGACAAACAUGAAUGUGAGUUUCCAGUCCAUCCUGUUUCCGAACGUGCUGGACCUGGUGAAUAGCUGGGGUUCAGAAAUCCGUGAACAGACAGACAGGGCAAUCGAGAGCGACGAUAUGGAGAGACUAGAUGGCUGCUCGUAUAGCUCAAGUGUGCAGAAUGUGCUGGAGAUUUGCAAUGCUUAUAUUCGCAUCCUGCAAUCUUUCGAAUGGGAGAAUGAGCACGAGUCAGCGCAGAUGUUUGCAGAGCUCUAUCGCAGUAUUUCCGAUACCCUGAUCAACUACUCCAACACCAUGUUCAUAAGAAUCGAGAAAGACCUCAACUCUGGCCAGUUGCUCAAUUUCAAAGGAGAGUCUUGCACUUGUCUGAACAACAUAUUUAAGAUUCUUGAGUACAUGGAUCAGUUUAAGACCGAGGACCUGACAAAGUACUCGAAAAUCCUCAAUUCGAAACCUGCAUCCAACUCAAAGCACGCAAAAAAAGUUGUCUCCGUAGAUAUCAGGGGCGCCGAAAAUGUGGAGGACAACCGUGGAGAGCCUCUUAGCUUGUAUGUGCUGAUAUCCGGAGUUAUUAGUGGCCGCACGCGGUGCAUUCCCAAGGACUACAAUCCAGAGUGGAACGAGAAGUUCCAGGCUUCCACAGACAAGGAGUCAGGGUACUUGCGAUUUGACCUAAUCGAGAAAAGUGGCAUUCUCUACAAGUCGCUCACGUACAAGUUACGUUUCAAAGACAGUUACGGUAUUCCUAUGGAGGAGAAGUUUAGUCUGAGCCCGAAUUCGGGAAGACUCAAUGUUUGCAUCCAGAUCAUUGUGGAGAAAAACGACCCCCUUUUCUACGUUGACCAGGCAAAACUGGAAAUCAAAAAGGGAAGAGAUCGGUCGAUAAAGCUGUUUGUGGACCGCUUUUCAGAGGAAACAAAGGACAUUUUCACGCGAUCGUACUUGGAAGACAGCCUGCGGCGGACGCCUGCCACAGCUUUCGUAUUAAAUCACAAGGCAUUAAACGAGCCCGAGAUUGACAAAUAUAUUGACCAGAUGCAGAUGCACAUGAUACAAGAGCUUUACGACAAUAUGGAGACCGAGUGUUUUGACGCGGUUAUUGCCCAACUUUGGACCAAGAUUUUGGACGAAGCCGAGAACCUAGUGCUGCCGCGUAUUUCGUUCCUUUUCUACAAAGUGGAAUCGCGUCUGAACAAGCGCACGUCUGGAAUCAACGGAAUCCUUGCCCCAUCACGCUAUCGUAGAACAGAUGACCUCGAGUUCACGAGAGUUAUGGAGUGGUGUCUGAAAUUCAAAGACAUGUUUUAUUCUCCGGGAAAGAUUUUGGAUGCUCAAAUCAACACCAUAUACCACGAUUUUAUGGAGAUUUUCAAGCUGUUCCAACUUUCGGUGCCUGAGCUCAAACGUGCGUAUAACAACACGUGGACGGUGGUCAACAAGCACGUCGUUAAAAAGUACGUCCGUGAAGCAACAGAGUCUGAUUUUGGUCCAGAAGUGCGCAAGAUGUUCCAGACCAAAGAUCUUCUGCUUCGCGUUUUAAUUGCCAAAAACGAGUUACGGUUUGCCAAAUCGUGUAUUGAGGUUGAGCAACGCUACGAACGCGCCAUCAAGACAGAACUAGAAUGCCAUUACAUGUGUCACAAUUUGCAGACGCAAAUAGAUUUAGUAUAG